GCUAAGCUCCGCCCACACACAGAAUAACGAAAUCAUAAACAAACCGGCCGGCAUGCUAUCUCAGGGCCAUUUCACGGCUCGAAACUUCAAGUUGCGGUCAGAUCUAGUACAACAUCGGAAUGCAAGAAGUUUUCCACUGAGGGGAAAAAACCUCGACACUUGAGAGGCGCAAACCACAUUUCCUCAGACUGUUAAAAGUAAUUUUCUGAUAGGUUUUUAAAAGUACGAGCUUUGACAGACACCGAACAUGUACGGCUCCAAACGUUUAGCAAAGCGAAGCAUCAUCGGGACUCGCGUGUGCGCGCCGUGGCCCGACGGCAUUUACUACCCAGGCAAAAUCCGAAACAUGGAAAACCGGUCUGUUUACACCAUAUGUUUUGACGAUGGGUACACCAAGGCCUUCAGAGAGGCCGACAUCGUCGGACAGGGGUUUCGAGGAGUCGGCAGCGUCCAUCUCAAAUUCGGCCAAAAAGUCUUCAUCACUAACAACGGCCGGGAAAUGGUGGGCCACGUGCAAAAACACAAGAAACCGACAAACGAGGUCUUCAUCAAGAUCGCGGACAGCUCGGAGACCAUGAUCCAACGGAAGUUGGACGAGGUCCGACUCAUGGAGAGCCGCAAGUCGCCCCGCCUCGCCGACCACGAGACCAACUACCUGAAGUUGGCCGACAUGAGCCCAACCUCGGAUGCCAAGAAACGGAACGUGUCCAGCAGCAUCGAUGUGCCCAGUGCCAAAUCGUUCAAGGUGGAAGACGAACCCAUGAUGAACGACGUCAUGGCAGCAGCCAUGGUGCUGACAAGCCUAUCAGGGAGCCCUCUAUUGGCAAGAAUGGACAGCACCUCAGUACCAUACAGCCCUACCAGUCCAACCGGGGGUGCCACGUCCGAUUUAUCCAUGGGCACAGCGUCUUCAUACAGCCCCUCCAGCAGCGGCCACUUCAGCUGGGACUUUCAUUCCAGGGGGACGCCCUCCCCAACUUCUUCGACGAGUGACGUGGAGUGCAAUGCGCCGGGGUUCUCGUUUCCCGAGAUCGGUUCCACCAACGGCGUCGUUUUUGAUCAGCUCUCCGUGGACGAGGGAAUCGACAUGAGCGAAGUGGGGGCGCUGUGCACAGUCGACGACAUCCCUGCAAAGAAGUUAAAGUUGGCACCGACCAGGACCGCGUACAAGUGCACGUGGCCGGGGUGCGGCAAGACGUUAUGCAAAGUACAAGGGAUUGAGAAGCACAUCCGCAGCCAACAUCUCAGGACAAAAGACAGCAGCUACAACGAUCACGAAGAAGAGUUCUACUACACGGAGAUCGAGACCACGGUGGACAGCAUGUCGGACAUGUUUGCCGACAUGUACACCUCCUCCCCACCCCCGACCCUCAGCCACAUGGACAUGGUCAGACCCCCUCACGAAGACCCACGGGAUAGCAACGGUAACAGCGGGAUGUGUUUGGAUAGGGUGGUAGCCCAGCUGACACCGAUGUCGUCGAGCAAUGUGACAAUGUUUGCGCCACUUAGCCAAGUGCCACAGCAGACCACCUUCACCUGGCAGACGACUCAUCCCACCACCAUCACCCCCCUCCAGACAAAUGGACAGCAGUAUUCAUCACCCAUCCGCAAAACCAGCAUCGUCCAGCAGCGCCAGCAGAGCCACCAGGCGGCAUCUCCAAAGACCCACCUCCACUUUGCCCCCUCCGCGGGCUCCGGCUCCGCGCCCUCCCAGGGCCACCACAACCACCACCACCCCAAGACCAGGGAAGGCAAGAAGUGUCGCAAGGUGUACGGCAUGGAGCGUAAGGACCUGUGGUGUACCCAGUGCCGGUGGAAGAAGGCUUGCGUAAGAUUCACCUGCUAAGAACCCUGGCACUCUAAGACGGAGUGAGAAAUUGUGCACUGACCCUUGAAUUGGUGUGCGUGAAAUUGAGGUCAGUUAACCAGUUUGCGUCGAGGACGAGAUAACACACACUGGCUGUUUUUCUUUGCGAAAAUUCAUUUGAUAUCUGGAAUGAUAGAAUGGCAAGUGAUGCAGAACUUUGCAGAUGCCUUUCUCCCGUAAGACUAAGUUAUCGCUUCAUGUGUCUUUAAGUUUAUGUAUGCUGUACCAAACAAAAUCUGGAAUAUGUGAAGCAUUCGGGCAAAAUGAGACAGAACUGGGCAGAGGUCGAGAUUAGGGUUUGCAGGUAUUAGGAAAGAGAAAUACAAUGCUCCUUGCAAUACUGUUUGUUGCCCUUCGAUCGGACAUUUCGUUGCGAAGUUACGGCUGUUAAAAGUUUGCACUUAUCGACAUGUCCAAAACGUAAAACACUGAG